CUCCCUCUGUCUGGUACGCAGAGCCUCCAGCACCCCAGGAAAACCCUGCAGAGAGAUAUAGAGGUUAGCUGUCUGGUACACAGAGUCCCCAGCCCCCAGCCCCCAGCCCCCCAGGAAAACCCUUCAGAGAGAUAUAGAGGGUAGCUGUCUGGUAAGCAGAGCCCCCAGCCCCCCAGGAAAACCCUUCAGAGAGAUAUAGAGGUUAACUGUCUGGUACGCAGAGCCCCCAGCACCCCAGGAAAACCCUUCAGAGAGAUAUAGAGGUUAGCUGUCUGGUAAGCAGAGCCCCCAGCCCCCCAGGAAAACCCUUCAGAGAGAUAGAGAGGUUAGCUGUCUGGUAAGCAGAGCCCCCAGCCCCCCAGGAAAACCCUUCAGAGAGAUAGAGAGGUUAGCUGUCUGGUACGCAGAGCCUCCAGCCCCCCAGGAAAACCCUUCAGAGAGAUAUAGAGUUGUCACGUCUCCUCCUGUGGCUCCCCUCCGGCGCUCUGAUUCGCCGGUCUACUGAGCCACCGGUCUGAGUGCACCACCUCGGCAACACCGGAAUGGAAACCCAACCUCCAGCGCACCUGCACCUCAUCAUCUCAUCACCACCCCUAUUUAGCCCUGGACUGUUCUGGAAGAUGUUGUGUGUUAUUGUUUAGCUUUGUGUCGUUUACUCUAUCUUUGUUAUUUCUCUUUAUCAUUGUUUAGUAAAUCUUGACCUUGUUAAUUCCUGCGUCUGCGUCCUGCCUCUUCGUAUACUCAGUACUCGUCACAGAGUCACACACCAAACGAAAAUGGAUGCAGCAGGAGUUUCCCAGUGCCUGGACCAGCACCAGCAGCAGCUUUCCCAGUUGAACGCCGCCAUGCAGGAAGUGCUCCAAACUCUGCUAAAUCUGCCCAGCGCUCCGGGUCCACCUCAGGGUGCGGCGAGUGCCCCAAAUCCACCUGUUCCCGUGCUAUCACCCAUUUCUGCGGGAACCCUCGCCCUACCGGAGCGCUAUGACGGUAAAACUACUAAAUGUAGUGGCUUCCUGCUACAGGUUUCACUUUAUCUGGCGCGUCAGCCUCGGGCAUAUACAUCUGACCAAGCCAGGAUAGCGCUGGUGAUUUCGCUCCUUCAAGGAAAGGCGCUGGAUUGGGCCACGGCAGUUUGGGAAGGAGAGGAGGCAGUGGCGCUUCCCUAUCCCACCUUCCUCGCUCGGUUCAGGGUAGUGUUUGAUCAUCCCACGGAGGGAAAGGACGGGGGUGAGCGUCUCCUCCAUCUACAACAGAGAGAGGGGCCCGCGUCCGAGUACGCUCUGAGCUUUCGCACAGUGGCGGCGUCUUCCGGCUGGAAUGAGCGUGCUCUGCGCACGGCCUUCAGGAGAGGCUUACGGGAGGACAUCAAGAUGGAACUCGCAUGUCGGGACGACGAGAUGGACCUUGAUACCCUCAUCACCACGGCCAUCCGUCUAGACGACAUGUUGAGAGAGAGAUGGCGUUCCCAACACCUCCCAGAGCCUCGUCGCUCACCCCAUCUGAGCUAUGGAAGCCGCCCUGCUUCUGAGUCAUCACCCAUGGAGGUGGGCAGCACCCCCUACACCACCACGGACCACAGAUCUCCUGCCGGCUCCCUAUCUAGGCGGUAUGACUCCCGUCGCCGCUCCGUGAGUGUUACGUCAGCUCCUAUCACAAAAUUGUUUUUAGUUCCCAUAACGGUGACUGGUUAUUCCUUCUCUUCCACUUCUACUGCUAUGAUAGAUUCCGGAUCAGCGGAGAACCUUAUAGAUAGGGAGCUGGUCUCUGAAUGGGGGUUGCCCACCGUGCCACUGCUAUCUCCUCUACACGUCACAUCACUGGACAAUAAACCCCUUGGAUCAGGCACCAUUACGCACGUCACUCUCCCCAUCACCAUCACCAUUCCCACACUACCGGAGCACCACGAGGAGCUGUCAUUCCACAUCGUCACGUCACCCCUUCACCGGAUCGUCUUGGGAUUGCCCUGGCUCAGACUACACAACCCCACCAUCAAUUGGAGCACCAAGAGGAUCACAGCCUGGUCCACCUCAUGCCGGAAGACCUGCUUGUCGGUGGUUUGUUGUUCCACGUCUGUGGAGAGUCCGGAGUCCGCCCUCCAGCCCAACAUUCCACAUGAGUACGCAGAUCUCUCUGAUGUCUUCUCUUCAUUAAAGGCUAGGUGUCUCCCUCCUCACAGGCCCUGGGACUGCACCAUUGACCUGCUGGAGGGACAACACCCCCCAAAGAGUCGCAUUUACCCCCUUUCCAUGGCGGAGACUGAGGCCAUGGAGAAGUAUGUGGCGGAGACCCUGAAACAGAGGUUCAUCAGACGCUCUACCUCGGAGGACUGAGACCAUGCAUUGACUACAGGGGGCUGAACGCAGUCACCACCAAGUACCGGUACCCCCUCCAAUCUGGUUCCGUUGGCCAUCGAGCAGCUACGAGGGGCCCGGUACUUUACCAAGUUGGACCUGAGGAGUGCCUACAACCUGAUCCGAAUCCGGGAAGGAGACGAGUGGAAGACGGCAUUCAGCACUACCUCAGGCCACUAUGAAUACCGCGUCAUGCCCUACGGCCUAGCCAACACACCUUUUGUGUUCCAGUCCUUCGUCAAUGACGUGUUCCGGGACAUGCUGAGUAGACAGGUGGUGGUGUACAUCGACGAUAUCCUGAUCUACUCGGCUACAUUCGAGGAGCACGUCAGGGACGUUCGAGCUAUCCUACUCCGCCUCCAGGAACACAGCCUGUUGGUGAAGGGGGAGAAAUUCCACCAACAGGCCAUCUCCUUCCUGGGAUACCGGAUCAGUCCUCAGGGGGUGUUCAUGGAAGGAGUGAAGACGGACGCCAUCAGCUCAUGGCCAGUUCCCACCACCAUCAAGGGCCUACAGAGCUUCCUAGGCUUCGUUAAUUUCUACCGGCAUUUAAUCAGGUCCUUCAGCUCCAUAGCCGCCCUGCUCACCUCUCUCCUUAAGGGUGGGCCUCAGAAGCUGCCCUGGAAUCCUGAGGCUGACGCUGCCUUCAAGAGGAUGAAGGAGAGGUUCAACACAGCGCCCAUCCUAAAACACCCAGAUCCUUCUCGUCCUUUCAUCCUGGAGGUGGACGCAUCGGAGGAGGGUGUGGGUGCGGUCCUCUCCCAGCGGCAUGGUAAGCCAGAGAAAAUGUAUCCCUGUGCCUUUUUCUCUAAAAAGCUUACCCCCGCAGAGAGGAACUAUGGAGUUGGUACAGGGAGCUGUUGGUGGUGGUCCUCGCUCUGGAGGAAUGGAGACACUGGCUGGAGGGCGCAGUCCAUCCAUUCCGGAUUCUUACUGACCACCGGAAUUUGGAGCACAUACGGGCAGCGAAACGGAUGAACUCUCGUCAAGCCAGGUGGGCCCAAUUUCUCACUUGCUUCCAAUUCAUUCUGUCCUACCGCCCAGGAUCCCAGAAUGUGAAGGCCGACGCACUCUCCAGGAUGCACCAUACCGGAGAAAGGAAGGAUCUGGGGGGUCCUAUCCUGCCCUCGUCUCUCAUCGUUGCACCUGUCAUUUGGGAUGUGGACGAAGACAUCCGCCUGGCGGCUCAGGAGGACCCAGCGCCUGCCAACGCCCCUGCGGGGCAUGUGUAUGUACCCACCAGUGUCCGUGACCACCUGCUGAUCUGGGCGCACACUACCCUUACGGCAGGGCACUCUAGUAUUACGCACAUUCUCUAGCCCAAAAAUACUGGUGGCCCACCUUGGCUUCUGAUGUCUCCCGCUAUGUCAACUCCUGUUCCGUAUGUGCCCAAACGAAGACACCUCGAACACCCCGGCAGGCAAACUAGUUCCUCUCCCAGUGCCUCAGCGACCUUGGUCACACCUGUCCAUAGACUUUGUCACCGACCUUCCACGUUCUGACAGCUUCACCACAGUCCUGGUGGUCGUAGAUUGGUUCUCCAAAUCAUGCCGUUUUUUGCCACUAACUGGUCUUCCUUCUGCUCUCCAGGUCGCUGAGGUCCUGUUCCAACAGGUCUUCCGGCAUUAUGGACUUCCGGAGGACAUCGUCUCGGACCGUGGCCCCCAAUUCACCUCCCGAGCGUGGAAGGCUUUCCUGGAGAAGAUCGGGCCACGGCCAGCCUCACUUCUGGGUAUAGGCCUCAGUCGAAUGGGCAGGUGGAGCUCAUGAACCAGGAGCUGGGGAGGUUUCUUCAUUGCCACUAUCAGGACCGGCAGGGUGAGUGGGAAAGGUUUCUUCCCUGGGCAGAAUAUGCCCAGAACUCCCUCGUUCACUCCUCCACAGGGCUCACUCCCUUCCAGUGCGUCCUGGGGUACCAGCCGGCCCUGGCCCCUUGGACACCCAGCCAGAUCGAUGCGACCGCUGUCGACGAGUGGUUCCACAGGGCCGGACAGGUCUGGGACGCCGCCCAUGUCCAUCUCCAGUGGGCCAUUCGUCGGCAGAAGGACCAACCCAGCUAACAAAAUUACGUUCCAGGACGUGACCACAAAGUUAUUUUAGUCCCCACAUAAGUCAUGAUAACGUUAUUGUGAAACUUACAGACGAUGUUCCAAAAUGUAUUUCUAUCAUUCCGAUUGUAACGUUAUAUGAAGACAAACCAUAGCUCUAAAUGUAACGUUAUGAAAUGUUCCUAGGAUAUCUCCAAAAUAACAUGAUAUUCAGAACCUUUCAUGGACUACCAAGGACAUUUUUUUAUGUUCCCAUGAUGUCUGUAUAGCGACCUGAUAUUUAUAACCUCUAAAAUACGUAUUAGAAACGUUAUGAAUUUGCCUAUAAUGUCCCAAACGGGCCAUGACAUUCAGUACCUCUGGAAGACGUAAGGGGAAUGUUACAAAUGUCUCAGUUACGUUCCUUGUUAGCUGGGAAGCCGACCGCCACCGCAGUGAGGCCCCUGUAUUCCAGCCUGGGGAUCGUAUCUGGCUGUCCACAAAAAACCUCCCUCUCCGCCUGCCCUGCAAGAAACCGAGCCCCCGGUUUGUGGGGCCGUUUAAGGUCCUCCGGCGGAUAAAUUAGGUAUCAUACCAGCUGCUCCUUCCCCCUCACUACUGUGUCUCAGCCACUUUUCAUGUGUCUCUCCUCAGGCCGGUGGUUCUUGGUCCUCUGGUGGAUGCCGUCCCCCGGGGUACGCCUCCUCCGCCCCUGGACACUGACGGGAGUCCGGCGUAUGUGGUGAGGGACCUGCUGGACUCCAGGUUCCGUGGGGGACGGCUCCAUUACCUGGUGGACUGGGAGGGGUAUGGUCCUAAGGAGAGGAGCUGGGUUCCGGCUGGGGACGUUCUGGACCCCAACCUAAUUCGGGACUUCCACCGUCGUCGCCCUGACCGGCCCACUCCUCGUCCUCAGGGUCGUCCUCCUGGCCGGCAACGUCCAGAGGCUGGAGCCGCGCGUCCGGGGGGGGGGGGGGGGCUCCCCUCCGGCGCUCUGAUUCGCCGGUCUACUGAGCCACCGGUCUGAGCGCACCACCUCGGCAACACCGGAAUGGAAACCCAACGCACCCUAAUCACCUCCAGCGCACCUGCACCUCAUCAUCUCAUCACCACCCCUAUUUAGCCCUGGACUGUUCUGGAAGAUGUUGUGUGUGAUUGUUUAGCUUCGUGUCGUUUACGCUAUCUUUGUUAUUUCUCUUUGUCAUUGUUAAGUAAACCUUGACCUUGUUAAUUCCUGCGUCUGCGUCCUGCCUCUUCGUAUACUCAGUACUCGUCACAAGAGGUUAGCAACAACUCUUCAUUCCUGUGAGAAGAUAAAUUACAUGUUUCUCUCUCUCUGUCUCUCUCUCUCUCUCUCUCCUUAAUUUCUGUAAUUCUCAUUCUGCAGAUCUUAUUUCUAGUUGUAUAAAUAUGUUUUGCUGUUAGUUAUAGACCUUUUUAACAUGAUUUCGGUCACUUCUGCAUUUCUCCUUGUACAGUAGCCUACCAGUUGGGAAAGUGCCAUAGUAGAAUGAUCCGCGUUCACUCUUGGUCCAGUCAAAGUCUUCGCUGGCUGACACACACAGCACCAGCACAAGCACAUGCUGCGGCUUCAGCAUCCGCUGUAGUAACAUGGUGUUGAUCUGUCACAGGUGGCUCACUGUCUCCGGUCACACCUGUACAUAGAAGGAAGAAUCACACAGUAUGUUUUAUAAACGCUUAAGAGUUACUAUGGAUACUUAUAGUCAGUGUCAUAACACUGUACUUCAUAGAAAGUGUUACCCCUUUAUUCUUUUACUUUAAUGCCAAUGAGUAGAAAACUGAUCUCAGAUAAUACUUAAACACUCAUCUCAGGGAUGAAUUACUUCUGUGUAAUUAACACCAUUGUAUUAAUAUUAUACAGAGCUCAAACUGCAGAUAGUUUGUCUCAAGACAAGUCUACCAAUCUGAGUUGAUACGAACAAUAUACUAUAUAUUUUCAUAUAAUACUGAUAGAAAUCACACAAAUAAAACCCUUUCAGCUCUACUAUCAAAUGGACGCCCAACACAGACUUACACAGAGGCGCUAGAUAUCCAACGUCUGUGGAUAAAAGCAUCCUAAUUAACUCACACUGGAAAACAUCUCCAAAUAAUGGUUUAAACUCAGAAAUAAGCAAUAGUCCAUUGAAAACGCUGACACCAUUUCAUUCUCAGGCCCAAACUAAGAUUAAAGGAAUGAUCUAGCCUCGUUUCAACCAGCCAUGAGAUACACUGACGCAAAACGCAAUUAAAGACAAGAAGUACGUCAGCUUGUCCAACACAGUCAGUAUCAGUGACAUGUCAAACUGAUCCCGUUCCCGGCAGAGGUACCGAGGUCUAGUAACUGAUCAUGAAAAUCCUUCAGUGUCUAAUUUAGAAAAGUGAGCAAAAAAUGUUUAAGAAUGUAGACAACAAAAUGCCCCUUGCCGCAGCCUACCUACAGUGUAUCUAGCUAGCUAUCUCUCUCCCUGUCUCUCUGUCUUUCCUCACCAGUCCUCUAGCUCUCCCCAGAACCACACAUAGCUACAUGCCUACCUGUUCAACGGCCUGCAUUUGUCCCUGCUGGAAACAACUCCAAAAUGCAAGAAAGGUCCCCAAGUUUCUGGACCUAAUUCAUUCUCACAAAUCCUCAGGGACAGAGGUUUACAGCACCCGAUGUCACAAAAGCGCGCCGCGAAACAUCCAGUAAGUUUCACCUCUAUUCAGGGGCCCCAUUUGGGGGGCGAGCAGACAGGACCCAAAUACCCCCCUCCAUUCAAAGUCAAUGGAGUGUGAGCGUAAUUUGCUGGGGCAAACAGAUCUUUUGGAAAUGGGCAUUUUUCCACUGUAAGCGGAAAGUGAAUGUCCGAGUGUAUGUGAUCCACACACGUGCAGAUCAGCCUCAGAGAGUUUUGCUAUAGAAUCCUAUCAAUGGGACUAUGUCUACAAUUAGAUUCAGUGAAAUACCCGGAUUUGAUUUCUACACUCUUAGAAGAAAAGGUGCUAUCUAGAACCUAAAAGGGUUCUUUGGCUGUCCCCAUAGGAGAACCCUUUGAAGAACCCUUUACACAUGGAACCCAAAAGAGUUCUACCUGGAACCAAAAAGGGUUCUCCUAUGGGGACAGCCGAAGAACCCUUUUGGAACCAUUUUUUCUAGGUGUAUAUAGGAAAGUUAGAUGUAACUUAUUUUAGAUUUAACUCUGAAAUAUGAUGGUAUAAAAAUAUUAUUUUCAUAUGGAUUACAUGAUAAACUGACAAACAAACCUUUUUUAAACCUGGUUAAACCCAAUGAAUAUAAUUGAUUAAAGUGUAGUGUAAAUAUCAAUGACUGAAAACUUUGAGCUCAAUCAUUCAUACUUCAUAGAACGUUUCGCAUUCACAUUAAGAAUUAAAUCACAAUUGAACCAUGAAAGGACGAUGAUUAUCUGUGUGACUUUAACAACAGAAUCUGUCAUUUCAUUAUCUACAGUUAGCCUAUCACAUCCUGGCCAGUUGAGAGAGGAAUGUUCUGUGUCACAGUUAGCCUAUCACAUCCUGGCCAGUUGAGAGAGGAAUGUUCUGUGUCACAGUUAGCCUAUCACAUCCUAGCCAGUUGAGAGAGGAAUGUUCUGUGGCACAGUUAGCCUAUCACAUCCUAGCCAGUUGAGAGAGGAAUGUUCUGUGUCACAGUUAGCCUAUCACAUCCUAGCCAGUUGAGAGAGGAAUGUUCUGUGUCACAGUCAGCCUAUAACAUCCUAGCCAGUUGAGAGAGGAAUGUUCUGUGGCACAGUUAGCCUAUCACAUCCUAGCCAGUUGAGAGAGGAAUGUUAACCUAACAGAUAUCCUCUUAUAUGCCAAUAGUGUCAACAAAAAGAGACAUGACUCUUAUGUAAUGUGUUUCUAGUUAUAUGAUGGUGGUUUGAGUUAUUUAACCAGUCAGGUAGCAGACAUUGAUCUGUGUGUGAAUAGCCGUAGACGUCCAUGGCAGAGGCCUCCACUGGGAGUGUAUAGCAGCAGUCAGAUGCACCGUUCCAUUCAGCUCUGCAGCCAUCCAGAAUGAAUACAGUUAUUAUCAUGGAGGGAGGCAUAUUGUUCUAAAAAAACGCUGAAUUGUUAGGAGGUAAAACGGUUGGCACUGCACUCCCUGUUCUGUUAGUACAUACGCAGGGUCAAAGAGGGUGUUGUGUAGAGUGUGUGUGUGUGUGUGUGUGUGUAUGCAUGUGCAUGUGCAUGUGCAGAUACAAUGCACAUAUGCUUCUAGCUGUGUUUCUGUGUAUGCUUGCAUUUCGGUGUAUGUGUUUGUGUGUGUGUGUGUAUGUGUGUGUGUGUGUGACCUGUGUUUAGCAUAUGAAUGCGGCCAGGGUCUGUGAGUGAGAGGGUCAGGAGGACUUUGAUCCUUCUAGUAUUCCCUGUAGGUUGUGACCUGGACUGUAUUUAAAGGCCUUUCUCCUGGCCUCUUGGAGCUGACAUGAACAUCUUUACUAAAGUCUACGGACUAGCCCAACAAACCAGGUAUGUUCAGAGUGCUGUGAUCAGGGCCAGGUGUGCUGCCCGUUCUGUUUAGGUGAGGGCCAGGUGUGCUGCCCGUUCUGUUUAGGUGAGGGCCAGGUGUGCUGCCCGUUCUGUUUAGGUGAGGGCCAGGUGUGCUGCCCGUUCUGUUCAGGUGAGGGCCAGGUGUGCUGCCCGUUCUGUUCAGGUGAGGGCCAGGUGUGCUGCCCGUUCUGUUUAGGUGAGGGCCAGGUGUGCUGCCCGUACCGUUCAGGUGAGGUGUUAGAUAGGGGAAGAGGGGGUGGGGUUCUAAAAGGGGAUAUUCCACAGCAGUGAUUCUCUGAUUUCCCUGACCCCCCUCUACAACCCCCCCACCCACCAAGCCCGUCUGUGUGUCCGUCCGUAUGGCCGCGUUUACACAGGCACCCCAAUUCUGACCUUUCUUUUUCACUAACUGGUCUUUGGACGAAUCAGAUCAGCUCUUUUGCCAAUAAUUGCGCGAAAGAUCAGAAUUGUGCCACCUGUGUAAAUGCAGCCGUAGUUCCUCUCUGUCCUCUAGUUUGUGUUGCACACCGUCUCUCUGGCUCUGUUACACUAACCGGACCAUACAAAUACAUACAGACAAUCCUGUAGGAUUAUAGGAUCACUAUCAGGGUUGGGGUCAUUGCCAUUUCAAUGCCUGACAACUCAGGAAAAUUUGAAUUGGAAUUAGAAUUAGGUUUACUUCCUGAAAUGACUGGAAUUGAAAUGGAAUUGACUCCAACCCUAAUGUCACCCAAAUCAUCUAAUUUUGAAUGAUGGCUAGCCUGAUUCCUGUUAAUAGGGAAAGGAUUAAAACCCAAACAUUUUCAUAUCCAUUAUAGUUUUUCAUAAUGGCCUGAUUUUAAGGGUGCGUCCCUAAUGGCACCCCAUUCCCUAUUUAGUGCACUACUUUUGACCAGAGCCCAUAUAGCCAAUACAGGUCUGGUCAUUAGUAGGGCACUAUAUAGAGACUAGGGUGCCAUUUGGUACACAGACUAAAUGUUACAUUAUACAUUAUUACUGUACAGAAAGUGCAAAGUUCACAGAUCACCGUUCCCUCUUUAAAGGGCAAAGUUCACAGAUCACCAAUACCGUCUUUAAAGGGCAAAGUUCACAGAUCACCAAUACCGUCUUUAAAGGGCAAAGUUCACAGAUCACCGUUCCCUCUUUAAAGGGCAAAGUUCACAGAUCACCGUUCCCUCUUUAAAGGGCAAGGUUCACAGAUCACCAUUCCGUCUUUAGCGUAUGUCACAUGUGAGACAUACAAUCAUAGGCUCUAUAGAACUCAAAUAAACGUUUUGUCACAGUUACGUACUGUCACUUAUCUGAAUUUGGCAGCAAGAUUAUUGGUGUGUAUGUGCGCACAUACGUUUGUGUGUGUGUGUGUGUGUGUGUGUGUGUGUGUGUGUGUGUGUGUGUGUGUGUGUGCACUUGCGUGUGUGCAUCUGAGUGAGAUAGCUGGCAAAGGUGUUGUGGUCAAAGGUCAUGGCUGAAGGUCAUGUGUUAAUUAGAGAUCCCUCCAUCCUAUCUCCGCAGCAAGCUGGGGUCUGUGCUCCAACGUGCCUUCUACGGGUCCAGUGGGAGGGUAGGUCCAAACAGCACACAAAUGUGAUACCCUCGUCCAACACGCAAGAUAAUGUAGCUGAAUUUUUUAAUUAGAGCAAAAACAUUUACAUAUUUCAAUAAGUUAGUUCUUUCAUAGAGAAAGCCCAUAUAACGUGUCAAUAAGUUAGUUAUUUCAUAGAGAUGUACCAUGUCAGUUUACUAUAGAUGAAAGAAGAGGGGUUAAUAUUUACUUAGUGGUUGUUGUUGUGGUAGUUGUUGAUGAUGAUGAUGUUAUUGUGUUGUCAGGUGACCCUUUUCGAACAGCGUAAUUUUGCCGGCAGACGUCUGGACCUGAGUGCCGACUGCCAGAAACUAAGCGACAAGAACUUCCCAGAGAGAUGCAACUCUGUGCAGGUGGACAGUGGAGCGUAAGUGGGUUAGGGUUCUGUGGAGAUGGAGUGUAAGUGGGUUAGGGUUAGGGCUCUGUGGAGAUGGAGUGUAAGUGGGUUAGGGUUAGGGUUCUGUGUAGAGUGGAGCGUAAGUGGGUUAGGGUUAGGGUUCUGUGUAGAGUGGAGCGUAAGUGGGUUAGGGUUCUGUGGAGAUAGACUGUAAGUGGGUUAGGGUUAGGGUUCUGUGGAGAUGGAGUGUAAGUGGGUUAGGGUUCUGUGGAGAUAGAGUGUAAAUGGGUUAGGGUUCUGUGGAGAUGGAGUGUAAGUGGGUUAGGGUUCUGUGGAGAUGGAGUGUAAGUGGGUUAGGGUUCUGUGGAGAUGGAGUGUAAGUGGGUUAGGGUUCUGUGGAGAUGGAGUGUAAGUGGGUUAGGGUUCUGUGGAGAUGGAGUGUAAGUGGGUUAGGGUUCUGUGGAGAUUGAGUGUAAAUGGGUUAGGGUUCUGUGGAGAUGGAGUGUAAGUGGGUUAGGGUUCUGUGGAGAUGGAGUGUAAGUGGGUUAGGGUUCUGUGGAGAUGGAGUGUAAGUGGGUUAGGGUUAGGGCUCUGUGGAGAUGGAAUGUAGGUGGGUUAGGGUUCUGUGGAGAUUGAGUGUAAGUGGGUUAGGGUUAGGGUUCUGUGGAGAUGGAGUGUAAGUGGGUUAGGGUUCUGUGGAGAUGGAGUAUAAGUGGGUUAGGGUUCUGUGGAGAUGGAGUGUAAGUGGGUUAGGGCUCUAUGGAGUGUAAGUGGGUUAGGGCUCUAUGGAGUGUAAGUGGGUUAGGGUUAGGGCUCUGUGAGGUGGAGAUGGAUCGUAAGUGAAGUGGAGCCACCUAGUGACAUUAAUAGGUCACUGCAAAAUGACACGCAUUCUGUAUAGAAAACUCUGUAUUAAAUCACCUUUAACAGAAAUAGCUAUAUAGUUGAUAAAUAUCAAUAUAUAAUUCAGAACAAAACAGAAUAGAAUCAAAUAGAGUAGAAUAUCGUUUAUUCUUCUCUGAGGAGGAAAUUAUUUUCAGUAUCAUUGCAGUAUUUCAGAUCUGGCCAAUCCUGUUUUUUUCACAAUGACAUUCCUAACAUGUGUUUAUCAAAAAAAAAAACAUCUAGAUGUGUCUUGUUCCUAGCUUUGCCCUCCACCACCCUGUAGUUCUCUGCAGUCAGUCUAUGCACAUUUCAUUGUUCCACUGUUCAGAGGUCAGAGGUUGUCUCUCUGUGUGUUUCAGAUGGGUGGGCUAUGAGCAUGAGAACUUCAGAGGGCGCCAGUACCUGUGGGACAUGUCAGAGAGGGGAGAGUACAACUGCUACGACAAGUGGUGUGCCCAGGUGGACCAUGUCUCCUCGGUGCGCUCAGUCAAACAGGUGAGACGGAGAGGACCCACAGAGAGGCAUACAAACACACACACACACACACACAGACAGACAAACACACAGGGGAAAUACUCGCAAACUAAAAUGGCUAGCUACUAGUUUCUCUCAUUGGCCAACCUGACACAAUUAGCCCCGACGCUGAGGACGACCCACACAGACUGGGACAAACCGAUACACACACACACACACACACACACACAGACACCCCCCCCUAACUCUCUAUCUUCUCUCCCAGGACUCGUCUCCUGCGCGCGCCCAUCUGUUUGAGAGGGCUGGGUUCUCUGGUAAGAGGACAGAGCUACAGGAUGACAUCCCUAACAUGAUGACUCGCUACAGUCUGAACAGGGCCGCCUCUAUCCGUGUCCUGGGAGGAGUGUAAGUAGUCCUCUUACAACAUACGGUCUGAACAGGGCUGCCUCUAUCCGUGUCCUGGGAGGAGUGUAAGUAGUCCUCUUACAACAUACGGUCUGAACAGGGCCGCCUCUAUCCGUGUCCUGGGAGGAGUGUAAGUAGUCCUCUUACAACAUACGGUCUGAACAGGGCCGCCUCUAUCCGUGUCCUGGGAGGAGUGUAAGUAGUCCUCUUACAAUAUACGGUCUGAACAGGGCUGCCUCUACUAGGUCCAGAUAACCAUGUUAGAAGUACGGGUCCCAAAUGGCACCCUAUUCCCUAUUUUUAGUGUACUACUUUUGACCAGGACCUGUAAGUGCUAUUUAGGACGCAGACAAAUAUUGUACUUGAGUUGUGGCUGCAUUUGACGUUGUGGGAGGAGCGUAAGUAAAGUACACUUCCUCUACAUAGGUGGUUGACCCGGAGAUGAGUUCAACAAGGGUUCUCUUUGUUUUACUGAGUAACAUGUCCAGUUAAACGAUUUGAAUGAACAUUCCAGAACGUUAUGUUGAAACUGCAAAUAUCUUUUUUUUUGCAGCAAAAUUCAAACAGCAAAUGACUUUGCUGUUCUUACUACAUGUAGUAGAAACCCGACAUGACCACAUUACUAUUUUGUAGCUUCAGUUUAGACCCGAAACAGGCAUGUUCGCCGCACACCACCUUGUCUGACUGUUAGUUAAGGUUAGCGAACGUUCGCGGCUGAUACAAAACAAAUGGAAUGUUUUAGCUAACGCUAGCUAACAUUCGCAAACUAUUUCCCUUGUUGCAAACAAUGGCUAUUUGAAGAAUCUCAAAUAUAACAUUUAUUUAGAUUUGUUUAACACUUUUUUGGUUAAUACAUGAUUCCAUAUGUGUUAUUUUAUCGUUUUGAUGUCUUCACUAUAUUAUUCUACAAUGUAGAAAAUAGUAAAAAUAAAGAAAAACCCUUGAAUGAGUAGGUGUGCCCAAACUUUUGACUGGUACUGUAUAUAUACAUACACUGCUCAAAAAAAUAAAGGGAACACUUAAACAACACAAUGUAACUCCAAGUCAAUCACACUUCUGUGAAAUCAAACUGUCCACUUAGGAAGCAACACUGAUUGACAAUAUAUUUCACAUGCUGUUGUGCAAAUGGAAUAAACAACAGGUGGAAAUUAUAGGCAAUUAGAAAGACACCCCCCAAUAAAGAAGUGGUUCUGCAGGUGGUGACCACAGACCACUUCUCAGUUCCUAUGCUUCAUGGCUGAUGUUUUGGUCACUUUUGAAUGCUGGCGGUGCUUUCACUCUAGUGGUAGCAUGAGACGGAGUCUACAACCCACACAAGUGGCUCAGGUAGUGCAGCUCAUCCAGGAUGGCACAUCAAUGCGAGCUGUGGCAAGAAGGUUUGCUGUGUCUGUCAGCGUAGUGUCCAGAGCAUGGAGGCGCUACCAGGAGACAGGCCAAUACAUCAGGAGACGUGGAGGAGGCCGUAGGAGGGCAACAACCCAGCAGCAGGACCGCUACCUCCGCCUUUGUGCAAGAAGGAGCAGGAGGAGCACUGCCAGAGCCCUGCAAAAUGACAUCCAGCAGGCCACAAAUGUGCAUGUGUCUGGUAUGAGGGCCCGACGUCCACAGGUGGGGGUUGUGCUUACAGCCCAACACCGUGCAGGACGUUUGGCAUUUGCCAGAGAACACCAAGAUUGGCAAAUUCGCCACUGGCGCCCUGUGCUCUUCACAGAUGAAAGCAGGUUCACACUGAGCACAUGUGACAGACAUGACAGAGUCUGGAGACGCCGUGGAGAACGUUCUGCUGCCUGCAACAUCCUCCAGCAUGACCGGUUUGGCGGUGGGUCAGUCAUGGUGUGGGGUGGCAUUUCUUUGGGGGGCCGCACAGCCCUCCAUGUGCUCGCCAGAGGUAGCCUGACUGCCAUUAGGUACAGAGAUGAGAUCCUCAGACCCCUUGUGAGACCAUAUGCUGGUGCGGUUGGCCCUGGGUUCCUCCUAAUGCAAGACAAUGCUAGACCUCAUGUGGCUGGAGUGUGUCAGCAGUUCCUGCAAGAGGAAGGCAUUGAUGCUAUGGACUGGCCCGCCCGUUCCCCAGACCUGAAUCCAAUUGACCACAUCUCGGACAUCAUGUCUCGCUCCAUCCACCAACGCCACGUUGCACCACAGACUGUCCAGGAGUUGGCGGAUGCUUUAGUCCAGGUCUGGGAGGAGAUCCCUCAGGAGACCAUCCGCCACCUCAUCAGGAGCAUGCCCAGGCGUUGUAGGGAGGUCAUACAGGCACGUGGAGGCCACACACAUUACUGAGCCUCAUUUUGACGUGUUUUAAGGACAUUACAUCAAAGUUGGAUCAGCCUGUAGUGUGGUUUUCCACUUUAAUUUUGAGGGUGACUCCAAAUCCAGACCUCCAUGGGUUGAUAAAUUUGAUUUCCAUUGAUAAUUUUUGUGUGAUUUUGUUGUCAGCACAUUCAACUA